AUGGAAAACCAGCCCAUACAUAUAUUCUUUUUUAUUGCUUUGAUCUUGCUAUCAUCAAAUUGUUCUGCACUAGAUAAUAUAUCAGCACAUCAAGAAAUCCGAGAUGGUAAAGCCACUCUUGUUUCCGAAGGUGAAAUGUUCGAAUUGGGCUUUUUUAGUCCGGGGAAGUCUAAGAAACGAUACCUGGGGAUAUGGUACAAGAAGAUAUCAUAUGGUACUGUUGUAUGGGUUGCUAACAGGAAUACACCAAUUGCAGAUAGAUCAGGCAUGCUCAAACUCAGCAAACAGGGAAACCUGGUGAUUUGCAGUGGCGACAACCCCAUGGUCUGGUCAUCCAAUUCAACGGGUAAUAAUUCGGUAGUGGUGGCGCAAAUUUUAGAUACCGGAAAUCUUGUUGUGUGGAACAAAAAUAAAAUGAUUUGGCAAAGUUUUGACUAUCCUGGUGACACACAUCUACCUGGAAUGAAAAUAGGGAAGGACUUGGUAACAGGAUCUCAAAGGUUCUUGACAUCUUGGAAGAGUCCCGAUGACCCUUCUAUCGGUGAGUAUACACAUAUAUACGAUACAAAUGGAUAUCCACAAGUUUUAAGGUUGCGGGGUGAAAUUUUAGUGGGGAGACUUGGACCAUGGAAUGGUCUCGGCUUUAGCGGUCUUCCUAUUGAAAAAGAAAAUCAUAUUUACUCAAUCAAGUUUGUCGUGAAUGAAAAGGAUAUCUAUGCUACAUAUGAACUUAAAAGUUCAGUUGUUCAACGGAUAGUUGUGACAUGGGAUGGCAAGUCAUCGAUUUUACAAUGGAUUGAGCGUAUCAAAGACUGGAUUGUGUAUGCAAAUGCUGAAGUUGAUACUUGUGAUCGAUAUUCACUUUGUGGUCCAUAUGGAAUCUGUAGCAUUAACAAGCAUCCACCUUGUUCUUGCAUGGAUGGAGUGAAGGUACCAGACACACGACGGUCAUGGUAUAAUAUGAGCAUGACCCUCGGAGAAUGUGAGAUGGCCUGCAAAGGGAACUGCAAUUGUACAGGGUAUGCAAAUUUAGACAUCAGAAAUGGAGGAAGUGGAUGUUUACUAUGGCUUGAUGAGCUUUUGGACACCAGAGAGUAUGACGCAGAUCAAGAUAUUUACAUAAGAAUGGCAGCCUCUGAGUUAGAAGGUCUUGUGGAUUCCGUGUCCGAAUUCAACAAAAAGAAAAGAAUACUUAUAUUGGCACUUUUAACUUCAUCAGCUGUGACACUCCUCUUUGUAGCGGCAUAUGCCUGUCGAAAGCUAAAGAAACAAACACACAUGAAAAGACGAGGAAAGUGGUAUGGGCAUGUUCAAAAGGAUAAAAGUCUGCAGAUGGAACAACUUGAUGAUUUACAGUGUUUUAGCAUAUAUGAGAUAACAAGAGCAACAGGUAACUUCAGUGUCUCCAAUAAGAUUGGUGAAGGAGGCUUUGGUCCUGUUUACAAGGGUGUGUUGGAAGAUGGAAGAGAAAUAGCAGUGAAGCGGCUUUCAGAAACAUCCCAACAAGGGCUUGAUGAGUUCAAGAAUGAAGUCACUUGUAUUACAAAACUUCAGCAUCGGAAUCUUGUGAAACUUCUUGGAUAUUGCAUUCAUCAAAAUGAACUGAUUUUGAUUUAUGAAUACAUGACUAACAAAAGCUCGGACCAGUUUCUCUUUCGUUAG